AUGUUUCUAAUCCUACAUCGAAAUCUUCGUAGCAAUCGUAUGAACCACAUUUAUGUAUUGUUGCUUCAUAUGAAUAUCGCUGAUUUAAUAGUUACUUUCGAAUAUUUACCAAAGCAAAUUAUUCAUAUAUAUACGAUUUACUGGUACGGCGGAGAUUUCUUGUGCAAGAUUGGACGAUUUACUGACAUGUUCGGUGUAUCAUUAUCAUCAAGUGUGCUUAUAUGUGUCUGCAUUGAUCGCCAACUUUCUGUUUCGAGGCCUUUCUCAGUAAUACAAGGACUUCAGCGUAAUAAAACUAUGCUUAUUGUCGCAUGGGUUACAGCAGUUAUAAUAAGCGCACCUCAGUUGGCAAUAUUUAUCGAAGCAACACAUCCAUGCAACAAAGCGAUUAUUCAGUGCGUUGCUCGAGAUUAUAUCGGUCUUCUCGACACUCGUAUUGUGCUAGCCUAUACAUUCUUAACUGCUCUUUAUAUCUAUUUUAUUCCACUUAUUGUUAUUCUUUUUUGUUGCUCGAUCAUACAUUAUCGGCUGAAAUUAUCGUUAAAUUUAGAAAGUAACGGCCUUGGACCACUAUUAAGUAGUACGAAUCUUAUGGAUUUUCAUCGUGUAACGAAUGCUCGGUUAAAUAAUCUUCGACGAGCUAAAGCAAAAACUAUCCGUAUGACUCUAGGCAUUGUAUCAUUUUUCUUAGUGUGCUGGACACCUUAUUAUAUUGCCGUAACGAUUCGGUUUAUAGACGUUAAUUAUAAGACGGGUCAGUUAAACAAACGUAUAGUUCUACCAGCGAUACUUUUUAAAAUACUUUAUAUGUUUGCAAUGCUUAACAGCUCAUUCAAUGCCUAUGUUUACGGAUAUUUUGCAUUAAAUAUAAAAAAAGAACUAAAAAGCUUGAAAGAUUUCUGGUUUGGCUCAAAGCAGCGCUUUUCAGAACAUCAGCCAUAUUCUAGUUUUAUAAAAAAAAAAAUUUCAAAUUCGGUUAUUUAA